AUGUCGGACUCCCUGCUGCAAUCACCUGGCGGUCGGCCGGGGGUCAGCCGCUUUGCGGCCGGCGCGGCCAACCUCCCACCCUCGGCCGGCCUGGCGGAUGGGCACUUCUCGCCGAAUCCCCCGUCAGCCCUGCUGAGACAGGCUACUGACCGGGCGCCCCGGCCGGCCCCCGGUGGGUCGUCCUUCUGGCGCAUGGCCGGGGCGUCUCCCGGUCCCGGGGAGUCGAUUCUCGCGUCACCCUCGCUGUCCUCCUUGCAGGGGGCCCCGCCGACGCCGUUGGUGUCGGCUGCCGCCACCCCGUCCCCCGGCGGCUCGAGCCCCCUGCGCUCGGGCGCCGGGUCCGGCGCCGCCGGGCGCCUCUUUCUCCCGGGCAGUAGUUUGUCGCUGGAGGAUUUGGCCGGGCGUCCGGCGGUGUCGGUCCACACGCAGCGCGCCCCGCAAGCGCCUCUCCAUCCGUACUCGCUUGGGCUGCGCGCACACCGGGGCCCCAGUGCACAGGGCCGUGGCGUUGUCCCGGCGGCCAUCCCCCCGGCCGGUGGCCAUCCCUUUGCCCAGCCGAUCGACGCCUACCACCCGCCCUAUUUGACCGGCGCCAUGGAGCCGCCCUUCCCCAUGCCAAGCUCGGGCACCGGGGCCGAUGAAAAGAAGCCCAGCCAAACGCCGGGCAAGCGUCGGACCACCCCGCCGCAUCUUGGCCCCGAGGUCCCGGCCACCCCGGCGCCCGGGGUCGAGGCAUCUGCCCGCAAGCCCCCCCGUGGCGGGUCUGUGCCCUUCUCCAACUUCGGCAUGACCCCCGGACCUGCAUCGAAGACCUUUGACAGCGGUCGCGAUGUGCUGGCAACUCCGCGUCCGCGCGAUGCCGGGCCGCGGGCCAAGCCAUCCGGUCCCGGAGCCCGGCUCCCCUUGAUGAAUAGCUUUGAGCUAACGCACUCGCCCAGCGACGACCGGUCCGACAUUGAGACCCCGACGCUGCAGGCCCGGCGACGGGCGUACGCCGCCACGCCGCUGGUGGACCCCCCUGCCCAGGAGGAUGUCCCUCCGCCACGGUGUUCCUUGGAGGAUGCGACCCCGGGCACGCGGCUGAGCCUGCGCGCACCGCCGGCCGUCGGCCAUGUGCCGGUCCUGGCUUUUGCGGCGUCCUCGUCGUCCGCGACAUCGGCCCCCGGCGGAUCGGGCUUCCCCUCGCCGGGGCACUCGCCGCCGGGACCGGGGCAUUCGUCUCCGGGUGCCGGGGCGCCGGGCAGCCCGGCCGUCGGGGCCUCCCCAACCGCCGCCACCGGGCUCACUCCGUCCGCCGGCGCCACCGGCCCCGGGUCUUCACUCCUCCCGGGAGACGCCUCGCCCCCGGUCAGUAGCCCCGGUUCGCCCAGCCUGCCGCCGGUCUUCUCGUCGACGGCCCUGUCGUACAAUGGCCGUGCCCUUCCCCAGUAUGGCAGCCGGCAGAAGCGCGCCCCCGGCGUCCCCCUCAGCGUGCGGGUCAUCCCGGUGGAGUCGCUCCUGAGCAAGGACCUUGUAGCGUCGAUGGCUGCCGACCUGACCCCGGCUACUGCUGCUCCCACCGCCACUGCUCCCCAUACCGCGGGUGUGGUUAGCCUCGGGUCGGCCAUUGUGGCCGAGCUCCGGUCCCUGUGCAGCCUGUCCAUCUUCGCCAGUCGCCAGGAUUCCGGUGCUGCGAUUGAAGGGCAGUGUCCGGUUCGCGCGCCGUUUUCCUACAUCGCACGGCUGCGGAGGUUCCUCUUCGGCGGUGCGGGCUAG